CCAAAGAUCACAGCAUAGCGAUAUUACAUAACAUCUACUUCAGUAAAAAUUUAUACAAGAAGAAGCUGACCGCUGGUAACUUGGCCGACUUGCUGGCUAUUGGAUUAUGGGCAUAUCGGAGGAGGUCAAGCUGGAGGAACUACCGCAAGAAGCCAAGCUAGCACACCCACAUCCGGAUGCCGUGGCCGAACGUGGUGUGGCAUCAGCCGCAGUCUCAGCUUCUGGUGCGGUGCCCAGCGGCGCCAGCGGCGGCACCAACAGUCCCAUCUCGGACCCCAACAGCGAUUGCGAGGCGGACGAGUAUGCACCCAAGCGCAAGCAGCGAAGAUAUAGAACCACAUUUACCAGCUUUCAGCUGGAGGAGCUGGAGAAGGCCUUCUCGCGCACCCAUUACCCCGACGUAUUUACGAGGGAAGAGCUGGCGAUGAAAAUUGGAUUAACCGAGGCGCGGAUUCAGGUCUGGUUCCAGAAUCGACGCGCCAAGUGGCGCAAGCAGGAGAAGGUUGGACCGCAGUCACAUCCAUACAAUCCGUAUCUGCCCAGCGGCGCGGCGAGCAUGCAAACUGUGGUGGGUGCCGCCCUGCCGCCCAAUCCGUUUACCCAUUUGGGCUUCCAGCUGCGCAAGCCAUUCGAUGCGCCCGCCAAUUUGGCCGCCUUUCGCUAUCCGCACUUGUCGGCUGCGCCAAUGAUACCAUCCGGCUACUUCAAUCAGUUCCAGCGUGCACCGCCGCACAUGCUGCCGCCGGGCAUGGCAUCGAUGUAUUCGCCUUCGAGCUCCUUUCAGUCGCUGCUGGCCAAUAUGACGGCUGUGCCUCAUGGCCGUGCGCCGCCUAUGCCCACCCUAGCUGCCAAGCCGCCGAUGUUGGUGGGUUCGCCGGAUCUGCAUUCGCCCAACAAUCAUAUGCUGGCCUCACCGCCCAACUCGCCCAGCUCACAGCUGUCACAGUCGGCGCCAGUGACGCCAUCUCAGCAACCGCCCCCACCGCCGGCGCAGCUAUCGCCACAGCAGCUGGUUGGCAUCUCGCUGACGCAUCAAGCGCCGCCCGCCGGCUCGCCCACACAAACGGCGCCUGUUGCCCUGACCUUGGCUCAUGCGCACUCGCAUUCGCACUCGCACUCGCUCUCACCGCAACGGCAGCUGGCGCCGCCAACACGUUCGUCCACGCCGCCAGAGGAUCGACGCACUUCGUCCAUAGCCGCGCUGCGACUGAAGGCUCGUGAGCACGAGCUAAAGCUGGAGUUGCUGCGGCAGAAUGGCCACAGCGGCGAUGUGGUCAGCUAGCCAAGCAGCAAUAUAAUUCACUUGGUUAGCUGUAGUUCUAAGCUCUUAAGUUAUUUGAAAACGGACCUUGCAUCUUAUGUUUGUAACAGAAUUCACGGAUUUUCCAUUAAUAAAAUCAAGCACAAACGUCAAAGUGUUUGUGAUAUA